AUGUAUGGAUCCACAGCGAAGCGGCUUCUCCAGCACUUUGGCGGACCGUUGGUUGCUAGUAGCGGUACCCACAUGAUUCGAUUCCGUCCUCUUCAAUCCCUUGUUAGUCGUUCUCACUUUUCCACCACUGUGAACUCUGAACCAUUUGCCAAUAAACCCCCUAGUUUUGCGAAUUCCACAUCAUCAUAUGCCGAUGAAUUCCCUAAUAUUUCAAAUUCCUCGUCGUCAACAGCCGAUCACAAGAGAUCGAGAGUGGAAUACCAAGAUGAGCAAGCUCGUGUGCUCCAAGCCUCACUUCCGCAUGUGAUAAGGUUGGGAUGGAGUGAAGCUGCGAUGAUUGCUGGUGCGAAGGAUGUUGGCGUGUCUCCAUCUAUUGUUGGAUUAUUUCCGAGGAAAGAAGGAAUGUUGGUUGAGUUUUUCAUGGAUGAUUGUUUGCAGAGGCUUAUUGAUAGAAUCGAGUCAAGUGCAGAUGAGCUGAAAAGUUUGAUACCCAGUGACCGUAUCACCAAGCUUAUCCGCAUUCGCUUAGAAAUGCAGGCACCCUACAUAUCGAAAUGGCCUCCAGCUCUUAGCAUCCAGGCACAACCAGUGAACGUCCCCACAAGCUUUAAGCAGAGAGCGAUGCUUGUGGAUGAGAUCUGGCAUGGUGCUGGCGACGACACCGCUGAUUUUCAGUGGUAUGUGAAGCGGACUGUCCUUGGAGGAAUAUACUCCACAACUGAGAUUUACAUGCUUACUGACAAUUCCCCAGAUUUUCGUGAUACAUGGGCAUUCUUGGAUGAUCGGGUGAAAGAUGCUUUUGACUUGAAGAAAACCAUUCAAGAGGCGACAUACUUGGCAGAAGCUGUUGGUGCUGGAAUGGGGACUUCUUUGCAAGGAUUUGUGAAGAGAGUCUUUCAGGGGUAAGAAAUUACGAAAGCAUUCUUUUGCAAGCAUCAGUCCUCCCUCCGGUCAGUAUACUUGGAUGAAAUGUUGUGUUAGUUACCACUUUAGUAGUUUCCGGGUGGAUCGAAGUUGAAAUUACUGUAAAUGUUUUCUCUCUGCCGAAGCCUGAGUUACGUUUAGUAGUGGUCUAUUACAAGAUCCAUUUGUUUGUCAACUAAAGUCUGUGUUUGAAUGUCUUGGCGAUACUUUUGGUACUUUCUCGAGUCUGUUGAACGUUCUGAGUCAUACAAUAAAUAAAAAUAUAGUUGAAUUAAAGGAAAAUGGAGGUGUAAUUAAAAUUGUAUGAGGUUUUAUAUGAUGUAUACAAAGAAAAUGCUUCCUAUAA